AUGCGUAUGUAAAGACACAAGGUUACGCCUCUUCAUAAUGGCUGAAUCUUACGAUUAUCUGUUCAAGUUUCUAGUCAUUGGCGGCCCAGGCGUUGGAAAGUCGUGCAUUCUUCAUCAGUUCAUCGAUGGCAAAUUUAAACAGGAGUCGUCUCACACAAUUGGCGUUGAGUUUGGAUCUAAGUUAGUGAAUGCGGCUGGAAAGACGGUGAAACUGCAAAUCUGGGAUACAGCUGGACAGGAGAGAUUUCGUUCUGUGACGAGAAGCUACUACAGAGGAGCAGCUGGGGCUCUCUUAGUUUAUGAUAUCGCGAGCCGUGAGACAUAUAAUGCACUUACCAAUUGGUUGACUGAUGCUCGCACACUCGCUAGUCCGAAUAUUGUUAUUAUCCUUGUUGGUAACAAAAAGGAUUUAGAAGCUGAUCGAGAGGUUACGUUUCUUGAGGCAAGUCGGUUUGCCCAGGAAAAUGAGCUUAUGUUUUUGGAAACUAGCGCACUUACGGGAGAAAAUGUUGAGGAAGGCUUUCUUAAAUGUGCUCGUUCAAUUUUGUCAAAAGUUGAUGCAGGUGAAUUGGAUCCUGAGAGAAUGGGUUCUGGCAUUCAGUACGGGGACAGCACAUUGAGGAGGCUUCAUCAGCAACAACCACAGGGAAACUCAUGCAAAUGCUGAGAUGUACGAGUGUAGUAUAUACAUUGCAUUAUUUCUUGAUAAGUCAUGGAUUGUGAUUUCUUUCAUAUAGUGUGCAAACCUUUAGUUAUUGAUGUAUUUACUUAAUCAUUUUUGUUCAUAACUGGAUAUGUAAUUGCUUCCUGGUAAAAUGUGCAAUUGGGGAAAUGCAUGCUUGCCCACCGCCAGCUAAGUGCUCUCAAUGCUUUUAGAAUAUGCAGCACGUUUAGGA